ACCACCGCCAUCGCCAUGAAGCUCGACGUGGACGGGCUGCUGGUCCACUUCCCCUACGACUACAUCUACCCGGAGCAGUUCUCCUAUAUGCUGGAGCUCAAGCGCACGCUGGACGCCAAGGGUCACGGAGUCCUGGAGAUGCCCUCGGGCACAGGGAAGACGGUGUCCCUGCUGGCCCUGAUCAUGGCCUACCAGCGAGCCUACCCGCUGGAGGUGACUAAGCUCAUCUACUGCUCGAGAACCGUGCCUGAGAUUGAGAAGGUGAUAGAAGAGCUUCGCAAGUUGCUCAACUUCUACGAGAAGCAGGAGGGCGAGAAGCUGCCGUUUCUGGGGCUGGCUCUAAGCUCCCGGAAGAACCUGUGCAUUCACCCUGAGGUGACGCCCCUGCGCUUCGGGAAGGACGUGGACGGAAAAUGUCACAGCCUCACGGCCUCCCACGUGCGGGCACAGUACCAGCAGGACCCCAGCCUGCCCCACUGCCGUUUCUACGAGGAAUUUGACGUCCACGGCCGCCAGAGCCCCCUCCCCGCCGGCAUCUACAACCUGGACGACCUGAAGGCCCUGGGGCGACGCCAUGGCUGGUGCCCGUACUUCCUUGCCCGCUACUCGAUCCUGCACGCCAACGUGGUGGUCUACAGCUACCACUACCUCCUGGACCCCAAGAUCGCAGACCUGGUGUCCAAGGAGCUGGCCCGCAAGGCCGUGGUUGUCUUCGACGAGGCCCACAACAUCGAUAAUGUCUGCAUCGACUCUAUGAGCGUCAACCUCACCCGCCGGACCCUGGACCGCUGCCAGGCCAACCUGGACACCCUGCAGAAGACGGUGCUCAGGAUCAAGGAGACGGAUGAGAAGCGCCUGCGGGAGGAGUACCGACGCCUGGUGGAGGGGCUGCGGGAGGCCAGUGUGGCCCGGGAGACAGACGCCCACCUGGCCAACCCCGUACUGCCCGACGAGGUGCUGCAGGAGGCAGUGCCAGGCUCCAUCCGCACGGCCGAGCACUUCCUGGGCUUCCUGCGGCGGCUGCUGGAGUACGUCAAGUGGCGGCUGCGUGUGCAGCAUGUGGUGCAGGAGAGCCCGCCCGCCUUCCUCAGCAGCCUGGCCCAGCGCGUGUGCAUCCAGCGCAAGCCCCUCAGGUUCUGUGCCGAACGCCUCCGUUCCCUCCUGCACACCUUAGAGAUCGCAGACCUGGCCGACUUCUCCCCCCUCACCCUCCUUGCCAACUUUGCCACCCUGGUCAGCACCUAUGCCAAAGGUUUCACCAUCAUCAUUGAACCCUUCGAUGACAGGACUCCAACCAUUGCCAACCCCAUCCUGCACUUCAGCUGCAUGGACGCCUCCCUGGCCAUCAAGCCCGUGUUUGAGCGCUUCCAGUCUGUCAUCAUCACCUCUGGGACACUGUCCCCACUGGACAUUUACCCCAAGAUCCUAGACUUCCACCCCGUCACCAUGGCAACCUUCACCAUGACGCUGGCCCGGGUCUGCCUCUGUCCCAUGAUCAUCGGCCGUGGCAAUGACCAGGUGGCUAUCAGCUCCAAAUUCGAGACCCGGGAAGAUAUAGCGGUGAUCCGCAACUACGGGAACCUCCUGCUGGAGAUGUCGGCCGUGGUCCCCGACGGCAUCGUGGCCUUCUUCACCAGCUACCAGUACAUGGAGAGCACUGUGGCCUCCUGGUACGAGCAGGGCAUCCUGGAGAACAUCCAGAGGAACAAGCUGCUCUUCAUCGAGACCCAGGAUGGGGCUGAGACCAGCGUGGCCCUGGAGAAGUACCAGGAGGCCUGUGAGAAUGGCCGUGGGGCCAUCCUGCUCUCGGUGGCCCGAGGCAAAGUAUCCGAAGGGAUCGACUUUGUGCACCACUUUGGCCGCGCCGUCAUCAUGUUUGGGGUCCCCUAUGUCUAUACCCAGAGCCGCAUCCUCAAGGCGCGGCUGGAGUACCUGCGGGACCAGUUCCAGAUCCGUGAGAACGACUUCCUCACCUUCGACGCCAUGCGCCACGCUGCCCAGUGUGUGGGCCGGGCCAUCCGUGGCAAGACUGACUAUGGCCUCAUGGUCUUUGCAGACAAGCGCUUUGCCCGGGCCGACAAGCGUGGGAAGCUGCCGCGCUGGAUCCAGGAGCACCUGACGGACGCCAACCUCAACCUGACGGUGGACGAGGGCGUCCAGGUCGCCAAGUACUUCCUGCGGCAGAUGGCGCAGCCUUUCCACCGGGAGGAUCAGCUGGGGCUGUCACUGCUCAGCCUGGAGCAGCUGCAGUCAGAGGAAACGCUGAGGAGGAUCGAGCAGAUCGCCCAGCAGCUGUAGCGCUGCCCUGAGGCCUCCCUGCCCCCAGCCAGCAGGACACCGAGCAGAGGGAGGGGCCCGAGUGAGCACAGAGCUAGCCGCUCCCACCCAGGGACACUUUCUCCGGCGAGGGGAAAAAGGGAACCGGGAUGGGGAUACCCGCCCGGUCCCCCACUCACCCUCUGGCCCCCGUCUCGCCUCGAAGACGAG